AUGGCGUCUAACGUUGUGGCAGACCAGGAAGAUGCGUACAUGGAGGACAGCUUUACGGGAGAGAUUCCCGUCAAAGGAAGUGCUCAAGUCAGAAGAGUAACUAAUAAUGUUGUCAUCGACGAGGACCAUCCAUUUGAUCUCGAGGCAUAUAUCAGCAACUACGACCACGAUCGCGCAUCCAUCAAGCGUCUGUUCUUCAUCGCAAACGCGUGCCCACAGCUCGCGCCUCUGGCCCUUUCACGCGCCGUCGAAUACGCACUCGAGGGAAAGGACUCUACACUCUAUCAGAACGUCGUCAGCACGUACAAUAACAUUGUCGGUCCACAACACGGCGUCCAACUCAAUCAAGAGUGGCUUGAUCGAACGGCCCAGCGAUCUCAUGCUGAACGUGACAAGCUCGAAGUGGAACUGAAAAUGUAUACAGGUAACAUGAUCAAAGAGAGUAUUAGGAUGGGACAUAACGAGCUUGGGCACUUUUAUCGUGCUCAUGGUGACCACGCAACUGCGUUGAGACACUACACAAAGUCGCGCGAGUUUUGUACCAGCAGCGCCCAUGUCGUCGACAUGUGUCUAAACAUUCUCGAGCUUCUAUUGGAAGAACAAAACUAUCCCCAUGUCAGCACAUAUGUCUUCAAGGCAGAGGCUGCGCUCGAAGCGUCUGGUUCAGCGUCGGACAAGAAGAAAGGGACUUCGAAUCCAGAAAGAGAAAAGGUUGCGUCGCCGUCGGAUAUCGCCAUCUUCGGCACCCUUUGCGCACUCGCCACCUUUGAGCGCCGACAGCUCAAGACGGUCUUGCUCGAAUCCGAAACGUUCUCAUAUUACCUAGAGCAAGAGUCGUACGUACGCGAUCUCAUCGAGGCAUACUUGGCCAGCAAGUUCCGCAAUGUCCUCGCCAUUCUUGAGCGUCAGUCGGCACGGCACAGUUUGGACAACCAACUCGGCCCGCACAUCAAGAACCUAACGAGGUUGAUCAAGAAUCGUGCGCUGGUUCUGUACUUUGGGCCUUUUGCUUCGAUUAGGCUCGAAAGUCUCGCGGCUGCGUUUGGCUUGAGCACUGAGGAGACGGAGAAGAAUGUCGUCGCACUCAUUCAAGAUGGUAGUAUCAAAGGCCGAGUUGACAGUCACAACAAGAUUCUCAAAGCAAAAGACUUGGACCAUCGAACGGAGCUCUUCAUCCGAGCUACAAAGACGGGCCAGGAGAUUGCUUCGCUGAACCGAAAGCUUCUCUACCGGCUGCGACUACAAGAAGCAGAUAUCAUUGUCAAGCCACCAAAGAAUGCCCAUUUAGAAGCGAUGGCAUAUGGCCCUCCGAUGUAA